AUGGAUGGUGCAAAGCCUGUCUGUACUCCUCUUGCAUCCAAUACAAAGAUAGUGCGAGUCGGAAGCAACAAGUUUGAUAAUCCAACCAUGUACAAAAGUGUUGUAGGAGCUCUUCAGUACCUUCAUCUUACUCGACCAGAUAUUGUUGUUGCAGUUGCAAAAGUUUGCCAAUAUAUGCAUGAUUCGUAUGAGGAACAUUGGGAAUUAGUGAAGCGAAUUCUUCGUUAUCUGAAACACACAGUUGAAUAUGGUCUGGCAAUACGAAAACCAACUGAUUUAUCACUACAUGCUUAUUCUGAUAGCGACUGGGAAGGCAAUUUAGAUGACAGAAGGUCAACAAGUGGAUAUUGUAUCCACUUUGGUGGCAAUUUGAUAUCAUGGAGUGCAAGGAAACAACGCACUGUGUCUAAAUCAAACACUGAAGCUGAGUAUUGA